CUACAACGGAUCUUGAAAGCACCAACGCCCUAGUUGGGGGCUGCCUUUCCUGCUUGUUUGUGCAAGCAAGAAAGUGCUUGAUACUUGGAGCUCUUCCCCACACUCCUGUGGAUCCGCUUCCACUUAUCCCCUCUCCUGUCCCCUCCUGUUUGGAAGAGACAUCUGCUAUUUUAAUAGAAGCAUGGACCGAAGCACUUUCCGUAAGCCCGGGGGAGCUCGACCAGAUGUUUCACAGUGCAAGAAGCUAGGUAACAGAACAACGGUUUCAAAAGAGACCUGCAGAGGUGAAAGUGAGGCUCCACAAGGCAAGCUCACAAAUUUGGGUGGAACCAAGAUGGAACAAUUUGUGAAAUCUGUGGAAGACAAACUUAGAAGUGAAAUGAAUGCUCUAUAUGAAGGUAUGGUGACACAUCUACAGUUUUGGGAAGAAAGCCUCAGUACAUCUGUGCCCUACAGCGGUGAAAGUGAGGCUCCACAAGGCAAGCUCACAAAUUUGGGUGGAACCAAGAUAGAACAAUUUGUGAAAUCUGUGGAAGACAAACUUAGAAGUGAAAUGAAUGAUCGAUUAGAAGAUAUGCUGAAACUCCUACAGUUUUUGAAACAAAGACUCAGUACAUCUGUGCCCUACAGCGGUGAAAGUGAGGCUCCACAAGGCAAGCUCACAAAUUUGGGUGGAACCAAGAUAGAACAAUUUGUGAAAUCUGUGGAAGACAAACUUAGAAGUGAAAUGAAUGCUCUAUAUGAAGGUAUGGUGACACAUCUACAGUUUUGGGAAGAAAGCCUCAGAGGUGAAAGUGAGGCUCCACAAGGCAAGCUCACAAAUUUGGGUGGAACCAAGAUAGAACAAUUUGUGAAAUCUGUGGAAGACAAACUUAGAAGUGAAAUGAAUGCUCUAUAUGAAGGUAUGGUGACACAUCUACAGUUUUGGGAAGAAAGCCUCAGUACAUCUGUGCCCUACAGCGGUGAAAGUGAGGCUCCACAAGGCAAGCUCACAAAUUUGGGUGGAACCAAGAUAGAACAAUUUGUGAAAUCUGUGGAAGACAAACUUAGAAGUGAAACGAAUGAUCGAUUAGAAGAUAUGCUGAAACUCCUACAGUUUUUGAAACAAAGACUCAGUACAUCUGUGCCCUACAGCGGUGAAAGUGAGGCUCCACAAAGCAAGCUCACAAAUUUGGGUGGAACCAAGAUAGAACAAUUUGUGAAAUCUGUGGAAGACAAACUUAGAAGUGAAAUGAAUGCUCUAUAUGAAGGUAUGGUGACACAUCUACAGUUUUGGGAAGAAAGCCUCAGAGGUGAAAGUGAGGCUCCACAAGGCAAGCUCACAAAUUUGGGUGGAACCAAGAUAGAACAAUUUGUGAAAUCUGUGGAAGACAAACUUAGAAGUGAAAUGAAUGCUCUAUAUGAAGGUAUGGUGACACAUCUACAGUUUUGGGAAGAAAGCCUCAGAGGUGAAAGUGAGGCUCCACAAGGCAAGCUCACAAAUUUGGGUGGAACCAAGAUAGAACAAUUUGUGAAAUCUGUGGAAGACAAACUUAGAAGUGAAAUGAAUGCUCUAUAUGAAGGUAUGGUGACACAUCUACAGUUUUGGGAAGAAAGCCUCAGUACAUCUGUGCCCUACAGCGGUGAAAGUGAGGCUCCACAAGGCAAGCUCACAAAUUUGGGUGGAACCAAGAUAGAACAAUUUGUGAAAUCUGUGGAAGACAAACUUAGAAGUGAAACGAAUGAUCGAUUAGAAGAUAUGCUGAAACUCCUACAGUUUUUGAAACAAAGACUCAGUACAUCUGUGCCCUACAGCGGUGAAAGUGAGGCUCCACAAGGCAAGCUCACAAAUUUGGGUGGAACCAAGAUAGAACAAUUUGUGAAAUCUGUGGAAGACAAACUUAGAAGUGAAAUGAAUGCUCUAUAUGAAGGUAUGGUGACACAUCUACAGUUUUGGGAAGAAAGCCUCAGAGGUGAAAGUGAGGCUCCACAAGGCAAGCUCACAAAUUUGGGUGGAACCAAGAUAGAACAAUUUGUGAAAUCUGUGGAAGACAAACUUAGAAGUGAAAUGAAUGCUCUAUAUGAAGGUAUGGUGACACAUCUACAGUUUUGGGAAGAAAGCCUCAGUACAUCUGUGCCCUACAGCGGUGAAAGUGAGGCUCCACAAGGCAAGCUCACAAAUUUGGGUGGAACCAAGAUGGAACAAUUUGUGAACUCUGUGGAAGACAAACUUAGAAGUGAAAUGAAUGCUCUAUAUGAAGGUAUGGUGAGACAUCUACAGUUUUUGGAAGAAAGCCUCAGAGCAGCAAGCUCAGCACUCAGAUACUCCCCAGAGCUUUGAAAGGGGAGGAGCGCAAGCCUGCAGGGCAGCAGAGAUCAAAACAGUGAGCAGAGCGGUAAGGGCAGGCAUUGUGGAAUACUGGUGGAAGCCAGUUAUGUCGACAAAACAAACAGCAGUGUCUACACUGACCUUUGUCACUUUAACUUUGCCACAAAAAGCUUUAUGCCUCUCAUUGAGGUGAUUUUAUUUUGUCGGCAAAACAGCAGAGUUUUGCUGCCAAAAGUAGCUUUGUAGUGUGUUUUGUCAGUAAAAGGCAGCUUUUGCUGACAAAACUUUGUAGUGUAGACAAGGCCUUAGGCAUGGAGAGACUAAAGGCCAGAUUUUCAAAAGUAUUUAAGGAACCUAGUGGGAAUUUCAAAAGCGCCUAAAAGGUUAGAUAUCUAGCUGCAUCUUUGGGUGCCUUAAAAACUCUGUCCCUUAGGAACUGGCCUGAGGUCAUACAGGAAGUCCAUGGGGGGAGUAGAACCUAGGUCUUUCAGGGCUAACUCCCUAUCUAGCAAACCAGCCUCUUUCUCUGUUGAAGGCUACAAAAAUGAAGACUCUGAUAGAUGGGCGCAACACCAAGGCAGCCAGAUCUCUGAGACUCUAGGAAAUGGUCCCAGGUGCUUGGGAAUGAUGUCAUGGUUGACCGCAUGAAAAGCAGCACAGGGGUCAGAAAAGAUGAAGAAAGAGAGAGAUAAGAGGAGAUCACUUAACUCCCAUGGGAUGGCAGGUUCUGCCCCAUGCUGGGUUAUAGAGCAAUGGUUGCUGUGCAAUUUUACAUUUUAACAGAAACCCAUUUUGUUUUGUCACUUUUUGUUCCGAGUUCAAGAAAAGGAAGGAAGGAGAAAGUAUUAUAUGAAUAUCAGGUGUGUUUUUGCCUCAGAUUCUUAGGGUUUCACGUAUCCAGGCUAAUUCCAGAACAAAGAACAGAAAUUGCAUCCACAGAGUCCAUAAAGGCGAUGAUUAUUGUCAUGAUUUGUAUUAUUCACUGGGCACUAUCUGUGUGCUCAGCACUGUUCAGAAUAUGCCAGAAAAUUUAGUCCCUGAGCCAAUGUGUCUAAAAUGUGUAGCCCUGGUCAAGAUGGCUCAGAUAUGUAAGUAGGAAGUGUGCAGUUAUGGAGCACAUGGUACUAUCUAUGAGUGGAGGCGCUGGUGGCAAUAGACGUUUUACUUGAUAAAGGACUAACAGAUUUGACCCUCCAACUUUCUUUCAACAGGAAGAGCUUCCCAGAGCUCCUGUGCCUGUUUAUUUUCCUUUCCUGCCUGCAGUGGCCCUCAUAUACCUCAGAAGUCUCCAUUUUUUUUCUCAACUUUAAAAUGUGGAAUUUUCUUGGUGUUUGGUUUUAAAUGUUCUCCUAUGAGAAAUGAAACUCAAUCACUGUAGUGUUGUGUUUAAGAGCCUUCUGGAAAGUUACUAGCCUUCAAACAGAAGUGAAAGCAGUGUUGCCAACUCUCAUGCUUUUGUUGUGAGCAGG